AUGCCAUUUGGCGGUCUUUUUGGCAGAAUAGUCACUGUCCUUGUAAAGUUUUUUAAAUCAAUAAAGCCAGUGGCCUUCAUGACUGGGCUUUGUAUGUGGGAAGCAUGCGGGCUGGGAGUUGCCCUUUCCUCAGGGACUGACCAGGUUUGCCACACUGCUUAUCAGUGCAGACUGAAACUGGCACCUUCCCUCGCACUCCUGAGGGCGGCCGUCCUGGCGAUACGGGCCUUGGGCAGGUGCUUCAGAGUGUCUCAAACCCUCACUAAUGUGGGAGAGAGAGUGGGUUGGUUCCUUCCCGGGAUCCAGGUGUCCGUGUGGUCAACAGCUGGGUUAGUCAGCACCUGGUGGAAAAUCCGAGGGAGUCAGAGCAGGAAAAGGGUGGAUGGGAUGUGGGCUAAGGUCUACCUGCCAUUGGUUAUGUUCUCUCCUGGCCUCUGUGAUGAGGGGGCAGGGCUCAUGCAGUCCGCCCUGUUCUCUCAGGGAGGGAGAAAGUGUGUGGGCAACACAAGUGGGUGGGCAGGCUUGAGUGAGUUACACUUGUAUUUGGUAUAUUUUCAUUUUCUGUUCAUUGGACUUAAUAUGAACCAGGUUCAGAGCUAA